UUUCUUCCGUAUUAUCCUCUUGGAGCAUGGAUUUUGUCACCACAAAUUAAUUGUUGUUGUCCUUUAUUAAUCUCUCAUCUCUUCACACAAAAAACUAAAAGACAAACAUAGAGAGAUAAUGAAACCACAAAACUGUUUGAUCCUUGCUCUCUUUCUACAAGUACUAGUACUUCUCAACUUGUCUGUGGGGGUAUUGAGUGCUGAUAAUAAUAACUAUACCAGAAAUGAUUUUCCAGUUGAUUUUAUUUUUGGUUCAGGAACCUCUGCAUAUCAGGUGGAAGGUGCUGCUAAUGAAGAUGGAAGAGCUCCUAGCAUUUGGGAUACCUUUGCCUAUGCUGGGUUUGCACAUGGAGAAAAUGGAGACAUAGCCUGCGAUUCGUACCACAAAUACAAGGAAGAUGUGAAGCUCAUGGUUGAAACAGGACUUGAUGCCUAUAGAUUUUCAAUUUCUUGGUCGCGAUUGAUACCAAACAUGUCUUUAAAAUGCUUUUAUUUCUCCCCAGAUGGUAUAGGACCCGUCAACCCCAAGGGAUUGCAGUACUACAAUAAUCUCAUCAAUGAACUCGUUAGAAAUGGAAUUGAACUACAUGUCACCCUACAUAACUAUGAUCUCCCACAGGCGCUUGAAGAUGAAUAUGCAGGAUGGCUUAGUCGUGAUGUCAUAAAAGACUUCACAAACUAUGCAGAUGUGUGUUUCAGAGAGUUUGGGGAUAGAGUCAAGUAUUGGACUACUGUGAACGAGCCCAAUAUCUUUGCCGUGGGUAGUUAUGAUCAGGGACUUUCCCCACCUCGUCGAUGUUCUCCUCCAUUUUGCGUUAUAAAUAGCACUAAGGGCAACUCAACAAUUGAACCGUACUUGGUAGGUCAUCAUAUUUUGCUAGCGCAUUCUUCAGCUGUGAGAUUGUAUAGAAGAAAGUAUAAGGAGGAACAACAUGGAUUUGUCGGUACCUCUCUCUAUACAUUUGGGUUAGUUCCUCAGACAAAUACAGAGAAAGACAAGGCAGCAUGUCAACGGAUCCGUGAUUUUUAUUUGGGUUGGAUUAUGGAACCCUUGUUGCAUGGAGACUAUCCCAAUUCCAUGAAGGAAAGUGCAGGCGCAAGAAUUCCGGCCUUUACAAGUCGUGAGUCUGAACAAGUUAAGGGUUCCUACGACUUUAUUGGCAUAAUUCACUACAGCAGCUUUAAUGUCACAGACAAUUCUGAUGCUCUGAAGACAAAACUGAGAGAUUUCUCUGCAGACACGGCUGCACACCUCAGUAUAGAGGGUCUACUUACAGCAGAAGAGUACCCUGUCACACCAUGGGCUUUACAAGAAGUGUUGGAUACCUUCAAGAUCCAUUAUGGCAAUCCGCCUAUAUUCAUUCAUGAAAAUGGCCAACGGACAGCUAGCAAUUCAUCGCUCCACGACGUAUCGAGGGUGAAAUACUUGCAUGCAUACAUUGGUAGCGUGCUUGAUUCCUUAAGAAAUGGAUCAAAUAUUAAGGGGUAUUUUGUGUGGUCUUUUAUUGAUGUGUUCGAGUUGCUGGAUGCAUACGAUUCAAGCUUUGGGUUGUACUAUGUUGAUAGGAAUGAUCCAGAGUUGAGAAGAUAUCCAAAGCUCUCUGCAAAAUGGUACAACCAAUUUUUGAAGGGUACAAGAUCCUCUCUAAUUGCUGCUAUUGAACUCAAGAAUGAUUCAUCCCUUGUUUCUGUUGGACAUUUAUUCCAGUAGUAUUGUUCUUAUAAUUUAUAUGCAUUUAAGUGUUGUAAUAAAAUGGUGUUUUUAUUGAGGGUAAUUUAGAGUUAGGUUUUGGCUGAAAGUUAAUAAAUACUACUUGUUGCAGUUAAUAAAGGUGUACGAUCAUUAUUUCGUAAUUCUAUCGAAAACCUCUCUAUUUGAUUUGUGUAUGCAA